AUGGGGACACUGACCUCCCUUGUGGCGGCUACGAAAAACCCCGCCAGCAUCAAGGCAGCUGCAGCCAGAGUCAGGGAGCACCUGGGGGGCUCAGGGCUGAACCUCCUCAUCAACAACGCUGGAAUCAUCAAGAUGAAAUCACUAGAGAGUGAGACAGUGGAGGACAUGACCCAGACCUACAGAACCAACACAAUUGGGCCCCUGCUGCUGGGCCAGGAGCUCCUUCCCUUGCUGAAGAAGGCUGCCCAAGGGAGUCCAGGCUCAGCACUGAGCUGCAGCAGGGCCGCCAUCAUCAACAUGUCCAGCAGUGGGGGCUCCAUUACCUCUCCCUAUGCCUGGGAUCUGGUGGAUGUUGUCUCGUACCGCUGCAGCAAG